AACUUCCUCCGAAAAAUCCCAAUCAAAUCAAAUCAAAUACUCUGUAAAGAUCAAGAACACAUCGCCUAGACCCCCUCUUCCUCCUUCUCUUUCUCUGACUUUCUCUCCUUCUGUCUUUUUUCCUUCUUUCUUAUUAAUUGCGUUUCUUAAUUUCAUCUCUAACAUUUCUGUUUUGCAGAAGGCACAAUCUUGUAGGGUUUCUUUAUUUUUGGGUUUUUUUUCUAUCUAUCUGUAUAUUAUUUGUUUUUGGCUGUUUUUCGUUAUGGAUGCAGGAUCUAUGAACACUUCUUCAAGCUUGAAAGCACAAUCUCGUUUCCCUCUUCAACAGCAGUUUCUUCCAAGAACGAACUCUAAAGAAAACUUGGAUAGAUUUAUACCAAACAGGUCAGCCAUGGAUAUGGAUUAUGCCCGUUUCAUGCUAACAGAAGGGAGAAAAGGAAAAGAGAACCCAACAGUGAACUCGCCGUCAAGAGAGGCUUACAGGAAGCAACUUGCUGAUUCCUUGAACAUGAACAGAACUCGAAUUCUAGCUUUCAAGAACAAGCCUCCUGCACCUGUUGAGUUGAUGCCUCAAGACCACUCUCAUCACCACCACCAGCCCAAAACAGCCAAGCCUCGCCGACAUAUUCCUCAGACUUCUGAGAGGACAUUGGAUGCACCGGAUCUUGUGGAUGAUUUCUACCUCAAUUUAUUGGAUUGGGGCAGCAGCAAUGUUUUAGCCAUAGCUCUUGGAAGCACUGUUUAUUUGUGGGAUGCUUCAGACGGUUCUACCUCAGAAUUGGUCACGGUUGAUGAUGAAGAUGGACCCGUUACCAGUGUCAAUUGGGCUCCUGAUGGACGCCAUAUUGCCAUAGGCUUGAACAAUUCUCAUAUACAGUUAUGGGAUUCUGCUUCCAAUAGACAGCUAAGAACAUUGAAAGGAGGCCACAGAUCGCGAGUUGGGUCAAUGGCAUGGAACAAUCACAUCCUGACAACAGGGGGAAUGGAUGGUCAAAUCAUUAACAAUGACGUGAGAAUUAGAUCACACAUUGUUGAGACUUACAGAGGGCAUACACAGGAGGUUUGUGGGCUUAAAUGGUCCGCUUCAGGUCAACAAUUAGCAAGUGGAGGCAAUGAUAAUCUAAUUCAUAUAUGGGAUAGAUCUACAGCAUUAUCAAACUCAGCAACACAGUGGCUUCACAGGCUUGAGGACCAUACUUCAGCAGUGAAAGCCCUGGCAUGGUGUCCUUUCCAAGGGAAUUUGCUAGCCUCUGGAGGAGGUGGAGGAGAUAAGAGUAUUAAGUUUUGGAAUACACAUACAGGUGCCUGCUUGAACUCGAUUGAUACCGGAUCUCAGGUUUGUUCUCUUUUGUGGAACAAGAAUGAAAGGGAACUACUUAGCUCUCAUGGGUUUACUCAGAAUCAACUCACUGUUUGGAAAUAUCCAUCAAUGGUGAAAAUGGCAGAGCUCACUGGCCAUACUUCUAGAGUCCUUUACAUGGCUCAGAGUCCGGAUGGUUGCACAGUGGCAACAGCAGCAGGGGAUGAAACACUCAGAUUCUGGAAUGUUUUUGGGGUUCCUGAAAUUGCUGCUAAGGCCGCUCCUAAAGCAACCAGAGCCAUUUUCUCACUUGAAUCGCAUUCGCUGAUUCUGAAAUCAAAACAGAAAACCAAGCUGCCUCCUGUGUGCAUAUGUUUGACCAGACCGACCACUUCCAGGGGAAAACAACAACUUGUUGUCAGGAGGGAUAGCGCAAUCAUUUGGCUCCACAUUUCAUCAUCCGACACCCUUCUCUCCAAUUAAUGUACAAAUAAAAGAAUGGUUUCGUCGAAGUACACAAUACCACGUAAAAUUUCUGUCU